AUGUCUCGCCACCAAUACGAUCUCAUCCAGUGUAUGAAACAACCUGGCAAAUCCAUAGGACUAGUUUGUCUGGCGUGUGAAGGACGGUGUCCACUAUGUGAUUCCUACGUGAAGCCUACUACCAAAGUCAGAAUAUGUCAUGAAUGCUCUAUGGGUCAUUUGAAUAACAAGUGUAUCCUCUGUGCCAACUACCUUGGUGACGACAAGGAGUUGGGAACACCAGCCUACUACUGUUUGGAAUGCGUGCGAUUGGAAAAGGACAGAGAAGGAUGUCCUCGUAUCGUCAACGUAGGUAGCUUGAAGUCAGACAUGAUGAUACGGAAGAAAAAGGAGCAAGCUUCAACUCCAGCACUUCUAAAAUAG